AUGGAUAAACAUAGAUACCACGAAGUACUUGAAAAGUGUUCCCUAAUAAAAGAUCUCGAGUUGCUUCCAUUUGGUGAUUGCACUAUAAUUGGAGAACGAGGUGUUAAUCUCAGUGGUGGCCAGAAGCAACGGGUUCAACUUGCACGUGCACUAUAUCAAGAUGCAGAUGUGUAUCUCUUAGAUGAUCCGUUCAGCGCUGUUGAUGCACAUACUGCAACCAGUUUGUUUAAUAUGUUGGCUGUUGAUGAUCUGAAGAUGUUGAUGAAGAUUUUGGCUGUUGAUGAAGAGGAGGACAAUUCAUUAAGAGUGACAAUCACCGCCCUAGAGAGGCUCGCGGUGGCGAAGGGUGAUGGAAACCGAGCUGUCGACUUGGCGGUGUCGAAAUCUGAGGGAAGACAAUCAACACCUGCUGGCCUCCGUCGCAACAGCCUCAAUCAAACCUAG